UUAAGGUUAAUAUAAGGCUAUGUUUGUCCCUUCUACGUGGGAUGUAUUUCUCUUCGAGAAAGAGCACAAGCUUUAUCCACAAUCAGGCAAGUGGAUCCUUCAAUCAGCUUCUGGUAUUUCCUAUUAUUCACUGUAACUACAGCCGGAAGACGGUAAAAACUCGUCCCAACAUCUCUAUUGGACUGAGAGAGAGAGAGAUAGAGAAAGGGAGUAUUAAAAUAAUGAAUAUUUCUUCUAAAUUGGUCUUAUUCUAUAAUUUCUACGUUACAGUUAUAAGAAUUACCAGGACCGGGGAUCUUUGGCAGUAUUUAAAAUUUAUUCUGGAGUUUCAUUAUCAGAUAAGUAUUCAAUGA